AUGCUCGACACGGUCGACACGGAGCUGGCAAAUGGAACGAUCCAUUCGCCGUACAGCUUUGACAUUCCGCACGCCUUCAUCUUCAACGACACCCUGCAACCCAAUGCUAUCUAUGGCGGUCCCUAUCUGGAGAUAGUGAAGCACUUUGCCAAGGCGCACCACUUUCGACUGGAGCUGGAUCCCGUCGAGAGUCUGCCCAAGAAGUCAGUGGUGGAGGAGGACAUUGCCGCCGGCAUUUACAACCUAUCGCUGCACGGAGUGACUAUGCGUCCUGACAAGAUCGGCAAGUUCUCGGCCGUGACGCGGCACAGCUAUCCUCUGGAGCUGAUGAUGAACUGUGUGAUGGUACCGCUGGCUCCCGAGCUGCCCAAGUGGAUGUACAUGGUGUGGCCGUUGGGCAGGUACAUUUGGACGUCCAUCGUCCUGGGCACCUUCUACGUGGCCCUUCUGCUGCGCUACGUGCACUGGCGGGAGCCGGGGAACGCAACAAAGUCCUAUACGCGGAACGUGCUCCACGCCAUGGCCCUCCUGAUGUUCAGCCCCAAUAUGAACAUGACGGUGAAGCUGAAGCACGCCUCGCUGCGCGUGAUCGUCUUUUACAUGCUGCUCUUCGUCUUGGGAUUCAUACUGACCAACUACCACAUCAGCCACAUGACGGCCUUCGACAUGAAACCGGUGUUCCUCCGCCCCAUCGAUAACUGGGCGGAUUUGAUACGCUCGAAGCUGCGUAUAGUCAUCCCAGAGACGCUGCUGGAGGAGCUGCGCUGGCUGCCGGACUAUCAGGCCCUGCUGGCGAGUCCUUCACGUUCUUACGCGUAUGUGGUCACCCAGGACGCCUGGAUAUUCUUCAAUCGGCAGCAGCGCGUGCUCAUCCAGCCGUACUUCCACCUGUCCAAGGUGUGCUUCGGCGGCUUGUUCAAUGCCCUGCCCAUGAGCAUCAAAGCAAGCUUUGCUGGGUCCCUGGACCACUUCAUCCUAAAUGUUUGGCAGGCGGGAUUGUGGAAUCACUGGGAGGAGGUGGCCUUUGGCUAUGCCAAGCGUGCUGGCUAUGCUAAGGUAUUCCUGGAUACGUAUCCUGUGGAGCCGCUGAACUUGGAGUUUUUUAACACGGCCUGGAUUGUUUUGGUUUUGGGAUUACCCCUCAGCUCUUUGGUCUAUUUUUUGGAGUUGUAUAUUCAUCGUCGCAGGGCAAGGCGGCUGCAAUAUGACCGCUUCGAGUGCUAUGAUGGAUAA